AUGGCCUGCGAAGCAUGCAGAAAUUGGGAAGCUGCAGUGGGCAUCCUCAAGAAGAUGGUGUGCCACCGCCUUCUCCCAGAUCUCAUCAGCUACAACGCGCUACUGGCCGCAACACCGUGGCUCUAUUCCAUGGAGAUUUUGGGCCAGAUUCAGCCAGACCUGGUGAGCUUCACAACCGCGAUGAAGGUGUGCGACAGCACAGAAUGGCGCCACUCCGUCAGCGUGCUGCGCAGGAUUGCGAGAUGGUCUCUUCAGCUGGAUGCUGUGAGCUGCAACACGGCUCUGACUUCCAUUGGCUCGUCCUUCAAUUGGAUUGCUUCAAUGGCGAUGCUGCAAACCAUGUGGAACUUCUUCUUGGACACAGAUUACAUCAGCUACCACAGCAUCAUCACUGUGUGUGGGUCUUCCGCCUGCUGGCAAGCCGGACUUCGGUUCUUUGAGCUCAUUCAGGUGCGGCAGAUGGUCUACAACCAAGUAAGCUAUAAUGCUGUGCUAGGAGCCUGCGCCGAUGGCCAGUUUCACAACACCUUGACAUUGGCUGAAAAAUGGGCAGCGUGCCCCACAAGCCCGACGCCGCUGGUUGUGGAGGCUUGGAUGUCUGGCUCGCUCCUCUUGCUUCGCUUCCUGCUUGCGGAAAUUCGUGCAGAGGCCAUCAUCUCGAAUCGUGUGAAUUUUGCUUUGAACCUCAAGGGCGCAAGUUCUGCCCUUACACAAGAACAGGAGAAUCCAGAUGACGGGCCCGGCCUCAUCAAGCUGGACAUGAAGCAGUUCGGCUCGGGGACCAUGGAGGACCCGCUGCGCCAUGCCGUUGGCAUGCGAACGGCACAGGAUCAAUACAAGAUGCAGACGUGGAACAGCUUCCCGUCCCUGUUCCAGAACACCAUCUUUCAUGCUGAGCAGGACCCGCAGAUCAAGAAGCUGCGACAAAGUGGAACGCUGGAUGAAAAGCUGCAGCGUGCAAAGCAGCUGAAAGAGGAAGGCAACGCGCUUUUGAAGUCUGCUGGGAAGAGGACCUCGGCUUCGGAGGCCGGCAAGGAAAGGGAGGCGCAGCAAGCGCUUCAAUUGGAGGUUCAGCAACUGGAAAGCCUUAUAUGGGAGAAAGAGAAAGAGCUCAAGGAUUUGCGUCAGCAGCUUGCAAGCCUGCGAGCCAGCUUGGACUUGGAGAGAACUGUGGAGCCAAAGGAGGAGAUAGAAGAAGAGGAUGAGCAAGAGCAAAGGUCUCUGGAGGCAGCUGUGCGUUCAUAUGAGAAAGCCGCAGGGCUGCUCAGAUACGUUGAGUGCCUGCGACAAGACUGGAAGAAUGAUGAUGGCUCCUACAAGGGCAUCGAGGAUGAUUUCCUCCGUGUGGAUGAGUCGGCGCUCGACUCCUCGGAGGCUUCCGAGCUGGUGGCCUCCUGCUAUUUGAACAUCGCGCUCGCUUGCCAGAAGCUUCGCAAGUUUGAUGACAUGAAGCGGGCUUGCGAUGAAGUCCUGGAGAAGCUGAACCCAGAGAGCGUCAAAGCCCUCUACAGGAGGGCGCAAGCGCGCCUUGCUCCGAUAUCGGCCGUCGACGCAGAUCGCGAGGCCGCUAUCCAGGACUUGAUGGCGGCGGCACGGCUCGCUCCCAAUGACAAGGAGGUGCGAAGCUUGCUCACAAAGCUGAGACACGAGAAGAAAAAGCAGGACAUGGACGACAAGAGCAGAUUCGGGGGCCUUUUCCAGCGCGGAGAAGUGGUCAAGAACGACUACAAGAGUGAGCCCCGCCGGCCGGCUGCUGCUCCCACCAACUGGGACUUAAAUGAUCCGAAAGCGACGCACACAGGGAAGCUGCACCUGAAGUACAAGGACUUUGAUGCUCUAGAGGGUACUGUCUGCUGCGGAACCCAGCUUGCUUACAGCCCGUUCGGCUUCAUGGGCUGCUGCAGCGGUGGCAUGCUUUCCUUCAAGGGAAGAUGCUUCACCUACGAUGUCUCAGCCGACGGCUACCUGCGAGGGGAGGGUGUGUCGGGAAUUUUCUUGGAGCUCAAGGAAUUCAGCAGGGAGGUCUUCACUCUCAUGCCAGCCAGUCAGGCAAAUCAAGACGGACGCAGUGCCAGCAUCACGGCGCCCAACGGGCCCUCGCAGGAGAAGUGCAUCCGAGCAUGCUUCCGUGAGGCCAAGUACCAGCCUGCAGAAGUUGACUGCUUUGAGACACACGGCACCGGCACCGCGCUUGGCGACCCCAUUGAGGUAGGCGCUUUCAAGCGCAUCUACGCGCAGUCCCAGCGAGCUCAUCCUCUCAUGGUGACCAGCUCCAAGACCAACCUUGGACACUUGGAAGGUGGUGCAGGCAUGGCUGGCUUCAUCAAGUGCAUCCUGCAGGUCAUGCGCUGCGAGGCGAGUCCAAAUAUCCACUUGCGCGAGAGAAAUCCGCACUUGGACGUGGAAGGAUUCCCGACCCAGUUCCUAUCAGAGCCCUUGGUGACGCACUACAACAGCGCAGUAACUGGUGUGAGCUCCUUUGGUUUUGGUGGCACGAAUGCACAUGCCAUGGCAUUUGGGCAGAACACCGUCACUCGCCGGGAUGUCACCAAGAGGGACUACAGGAGUCUGAUGCUGCAAAAGAUACAUCAGGCUCUACCGCCAGACAUCAUCAAGCACACUCUCAACCCUGAGGAUUGGGAGACAAACGGAGCACCAUUGAGUGAGGACAAAAUCGGGAAGGUAUAUGAGGUGGAGGUUGAUGCCACUGGUAAGGCAGUCUGGCGAGAGGUUGUCGAGACUCCGCCCGAUCCGAAGUUGCACAAGAGGUUUGGGUUAGCUGGCAGCUUCAACGGCUGGAGCUGCACAUCAAUGGCCGAAAUGCCGGGAUUACCUGGCCUGUAUGCAGCUGAGAUCACGGUCGGUGACUCUGGAGAGGAGUACUUCCACAUCCUGGGAGAUGAGGAUAUUUCGCAAGUGUACUACCCUGCGCAACCCCGCUCCAGACGGAAGGUGCGCCUGAGUCAGUUGCAAUGCUUCAUGCGCCAUGUUGGCCACCCUGACUAUCCGCAGCUUCUGCUUUAG